AAAAUGACAUUUACCAAGAUGGCGAUGGGCGACAGAGAAAAGUGAUGAGAGAAUAGAACAACAAGCGAUACAACUGCAGAACCGUGUACAUUUAUGUACCCUGUGCGUCUUUUUCUAAGCAGACCACUAUUUAAUCUCCGGGAAACUGUCAAUCACAUACCGAGAGACCGCACCGGUCUACAAAGAAACAAGUAUUCAGCUAACUGUUUGCUAACUAGCUGCUAAAGUAGCAACAAGCUAACGUUCGCUAACUGCGGAAGGCGAGAGGGGAGAAGCUCGAAGUACAAGCCGUCAAGUCAAGAGCAUUUUUUAAAGUCAAUAGACCGCUACCUUCAAUAAAUACAACACCAUCGCAGAGUUUGCAGCACGGACCAGUUCGUCCAAACCAGGGGUUUGUCUGGAAAGUAACCUUCUACAUAUUAUAAGGAUACAAGAAAGAAAAGACGAGGAAAGGCGUCAUCUUUGCUGAUCUGACGCCAUGGCUCAUUCCCCUCUUCAGAGUGGACUGACAGGGCUUCAGAACUUCAGAGCCGAUCCGGAGGAGUUUUUUACCAAGCUGGAUAGAAUAGGCAAAGGCUCUUUUGGGGAAGUCUUCAAAGGCAUCGACAAACGGACGCAAAAAGUUGUGGCCAUUAAGAUUAUUGAUCUGGAAGAAGCCGAGGAUGAAAUAGAGGAUAUUCAACAGGAAAUCACAGUUCUGAGCCAAUGUGACAGCCCCUUUAUCACCAAGUAUUAUGGAUCCUAUCUCAAGGGUACAAAGUUAUGGAUCAUUAUGGAAUAUUUGGGUGGAGGGUCAGCCCUGGAUUUGCUGGAACCAGGUGCACUGGAUGAAACCCAGAUUGCCACAAUUCUGAGAGAGAUCCUGAAAGGGCUUGAGUAUCUGCACUCUGAAAAGAAAAUCCACAGGGAUAUCAAAGCUGCCAACGUGUUGCUGUCGGAACAAGGUGAUGUGAAGCUGGCAGACUUUGGAGUGGCAGGCCAGCUGACAGACACCCAGAUCAAAAGAAACACAUUCGUUGGUACUCCUUUCUGGAUGGCACCUGAAGUCAUAAAACAAUCCGCCUACGAUUCAAAGGCAGACAUCUGGUCAUUGGGUAUAACAGCAAUAGAACUGGCUAAAGGAGAGCCGCCUCACUCUGAGCUUCAUCCCAUGAAGGUCUUAUUCCUCAUUCCAAAGAACAAUCCGCCAACACUAGAAGGAAACUACAGUAAACCACUUAAAGAAUUUAUUGAAGCCUGUCUAAAUAAGGAGCCUAGCUUUAGGCCAACUGCCAAAGAGCUGUUAAAACACAAGUAUAUUGUAAGGCACGCCAAAAAGACGUCCUAUCUGACAGAGCUGAUCGACAGAUACAAGAGGUGGAAAUCUGAGCAGUCUCGGCAUCAAUCCAGCUCCGAUGAUUCCGACGAGGAGUCAGACGGCCAGGCGGCUGGAGGAGACGAUGCUGCCAAUGAUGAAUGGAUCUUCAACACCAUCAGGGAGAAGGACCUGAAGAAGUUUCAGAAUGGGGCAGCACAGCCUGCUGAGCUGGAAAGACAACAAGACAACCGGGUGCAGGAGUGUCCGAAGAGGCCUUUGUCACAAAGCUUAGCAGCAAUCUUUUCUCCACUGUUUACUGAGUUGAAAGAAAAGGGUGAGACAAGUAACGGCAAGCCGGAGGCUUCAGAGGAGCUGCGGGAGGCCAUUUUCCUGGCGGAGGAAACACACCCGGGGAUCUGUGACUCCCUAGUAGCUGAACUAGUGCAGAGACUUCAGAGGUUUUCUGUGCCACAUGCAGCUGCCACUCACUGAGACAAGCUUCCUCCAGCUCUGCUCUAAUUCUCUACCCUGGUGGCAGGAGUCAGAUCUUUUCUUCUGACCUCCAGAUGAAGUCUCACAGGAAGAUCUCCAUCACUCAUCUGCCUGAAGCGAAUCCUGGCCUACUUAAUGUCUGAUUAUACGUUAACACACCACCAGAGGGUCCUAUUCAGGACAGUGAGUGGCCAGCCUGCUGUAAGAUGUCCCUCCUUAAUACCUCCUUCACAACUGUUUUUAUUUUAGGGUGGAGUUACCUUUACUCUGCAAGGACUGUUGAGUUUUUGGUGUAAGUGAGUUUGUGGCUUUUUAAGGAGCCAAAGUUUCUGCAUCCUUUCAGAGGAAAAAAUCUGACUUAAGUGUGUGUGUGUGUGUGUGUGUGUGUGUGUGUGUGUGUGUGUGUGUGUGUGUGUGUGUGUGUGUGUGUGUGUGUGUGUGUGUGUGUGUGUGUGUGUGUGUGUGUGUGUGUGUGUGUGUGUGUGUGUGUGUGUGUGUGUGUGUGUGUGUGUGUGUGUGUGUGUGUGUGUGUGUGUGUGUGUGUGUGUGUGUGUGUGUGUGUGUGUGUGUGUGUGUGUGUCAUCCUGUGAAACGUGUGGUGAGGAGUGAUGAGUGGGCUUGAAGCAUUCUAUUGAAAACUCAGGUAUCCUGCUUUAAGUGGACUGGGUCCUCUGGGAGAUGGAAAGAGCUCUAUAGGUUGGCUGUACAGACUUGUAAAUAAGUUAAUUUCUACAGAUUUGUGAACAAAUAAAGAAGCGUUUCUAAUGGAACCACUGUGUACAAAUGGCCAAAUGCAAACUGUAGAUAAUGGUUUUGAGGUAAAUAUUUUGAGAGACUAAAAUGGCCAUAUAUGAGAUUGCCUUGCCUUUCUACUUGUUCUUUUGUAUAUCAGUCUUUGAUUUUCUCCAGAUAUAAAAAAACAUUUUAGGUAUCGUCAAGGAAAAUGGCUGCCCUCUAUCAUGUUUCACUAUUGAUUAAUGAAAGAUUUCUUCAUUCACUUUUUUGGUUUCACUCACUAUGCUGUGGUUGUAAUCAUUUUGGAGAAUGUAAAAAAAAAAAAAAAAAAAAAAAAAAUUCACACAAGGCUGGACCACUGAAGCCCCCACCAGUUCUAAACACUGGAUGCUGUGUUGUCAGACUGAUUCAACAUGUGUUUUUGACCAGUUAGAUAAACUGAAGUUUCGUCCAUUCAUUCCAUCAUCUAGUUUCUUUAUCAGCAGACUCUGUUAGUCUUCCUAAGAGCUGCAGAGGUACUAUCUUUCUCCUCAGUGUACCUACAGCUUUAAUUGCACUUCAAGUAUAAAUGCCUUUGACUAUAAACAAAGUAGCCAUAAAACAGUAGCAUGAGACUAACAGUACUUUGCAGGUAUGCUAUCUGGGACAAAGAAAAGUCUGCCUGAAGUCUCGCAGCUCGGAGCUCGGAGUUGGUCUUUCAGUGUCGUAUCUGCCGGGCUGUCCAUUUGGACUUGUGAGUUUUUUUCAGUUGUACAGUAAACACAAAUAGAGGUCUCACAUAGCAGACGACUGCUGUCAGAUGUACAUAUUUACAUGAAGCCAGGAGGUGUUCAGAGACCACCUGUGUUCAGAGCGGCACUGCUACUACUUCUGACUGUAGUUUUCAAGGAAUGUGCAUGAAAGUAUAACAGUAUAAAUCCUAUUGGGAGGCCUGAGCAGUAUGCGUUGUAGCACACUGCUGCAGGGCUGAAGGAAUGUGGAGUCCUGAGUUGAUUAAGCCUUAGAGUAUUUGUGAUGAAUGGGAUGAAUAGUAUUAGCUUUAAAUUGUUAGAUCAAAUGUUUUUGUUGUGAUUUUUUUUUUUCUCCCUCUGGCAUUAAAAUGCUUAUGCAGCAAUACUUUAAAAGACAAUUGAUCAAAGAUGUUCCUAUCAUUCCUUGUCAGAAUAAUGAGCACAUGAACAAAUGGACCUGUUUUCUCUCAGAUGAGAGGAGAUUUGAUUUAACCUGAAUGAGCAGUGUGAUGUUUUUUUUUUCCGGUAGACAAUAAAUGGCUCAAUAUGAAUAAAGUGAGAGCUCAACAGUUUGGUAUAAAGCAUCAUUUUUCCUUUUCAGGAGUUACAUAAAAAAAAGCAUGUGUUCACACAUCUGUCUGGUAAAUAUAAAUUAUAGUUAGCAGCAAAGGCUGGAAAUGAGGAAACAGCUGGCCUGAAUUGUCUAAAUGUUACAAAAUCAAUCACAAGCACAUCUUAAGCUCACUGAAAAACUAGGGCUGUCAACAUUAAAUAGUUAACCAAGAUUAAUCAAGGUCUAAACGUAAUGCAUUCAUUUUUUGGUCAAUCGUGAUAAAUCACAUUCUAUUUGUCCCUUUAGACACACCGUAGAUAAGCCUCUGCAUUGUCUCCCUGUAGUCACAGUGAACAGAACACUGCUGCAUCUUCCAAAUGUCUCAUUUCACUUUUAAAAACUUCUAGCCAUUUCAGUUGACGAAUGAAAAGUAUGUUUCUCCCCCGUGUCAUCAAAUAUUUCAUUUUGUUACCGUUCCUGAAGUUAAUUUAGUCACCUUUGAUCUACGAGAAGGUCAUACUUUAUUUGACAUAAAUCAGUGUGGACGCCAGGAGUCAUUUCUUAGCGCAAGUAGGCAUAUAUUCUGUUCAACUAUUUUUAUAACCCAAAAGAGCAGUAUUAUGUGAUGGAGGGAGUGAAGUUUGGUUCAGUGUACAUUUCAGUAAACACUGGAGAGCAAUCACUUCAAAUGUACAUUUCAUUUUGUGUGACUUGGCUGACAGUUUCAUAGUCCAGUAUACAUGUUUGCUAAUUCAGGACAGUGCUGUUGGAUUUAUUGAGAGUUGUCAAAUGCUUGAAUAAAAAAUAAAAAAUCCAGUACAAAUUUGA